AUGGAAAUUGAAAUCGGUCAGGUUUUAUCCGGACUAGCAGCUUGGGCUUUUGCCUUUGUGGAGCCCAUUUUCAACGAAACCGUCCGCUAUCUCCGACUUCCAAAAAACAUCUGCGAUCGAGCCGUACGACCAGGGCGCCUACAAGCAGUUGUCGUUAUAGUGAAAUCUGGAAUCUACAAUUUUCACAAUCGUCAACAUCUGCGAGAGGCCUACCGUGGUCAAGUUAACAACAAGAACUCAGAAAUUAACAUGGUAUUUUCAGUGGGACUUCCCAGGAAAGCUGGCGGUCGAGUGUUCAGUCGUGAUGGUUUUGUGGUUAAUCUUCCUGAGAGGGCGGGCAAUGCGUUAGACUACUACCAAACGAGACCCCUUGAAGUCCUGACACGUUUGAAGCAAGAGGCCGAACUCAACCAUGACCUCGUGAUAGGUGACUAUGAGGACACCUACUACAAUCUGACUCUAAAAAUGCUACACAGUUUCCAGUGGGCCUCGCGCUUAUGCACGCCCCUGAAACCCACUUUUGUCUUUAUGGAUGACGACUUUGCUUUCAAAGUGGACAAGCUUAGACAGAUAAUCACUCACCGGAGUGAAUCAACCCGAGGACGAAUGGCGAUCGGUGUUCUGCGGCGAGUCUCGGAUACCAUCCGCCAUGGCAAGGCCACAGUGUAUGAGAAGUGGUCCGUAUCUAAACGCGAGGUCCCCUGGCCGCAUCAUGCACCACACACUAGUGGAGCCUUUUAUAUACUCGGCUAUGAGAUUGUCGAAGAGCUGGCUGCAGGAAUGUACUUCACAGCGCCUCUCUCCUUGGAUGACGUCUGGUUGGGCACGAUUGCUACUAAGCUGGGCAUCUCCUAUGAGGAGGAGCCAGGCAUGUAUCAGUCCUUCAACCCUCAGUUACAUCAUCGCCAGAAAGCACUCUUUUUACCGUUUGAGGUCUUGUUCAGGAAUCCAUUGCGUUGGGUUUGGUGGAUUUUUGAGCCAGUUUCCAAAGAUACAGAAGUCUAG